AUGUUGCCGUUGCUGGAAGCGAACGUCAACAAAAUCAACUGGAAAAUUUACGAGAAGAACUACUAUCUUAAGCCAUGGAUGCUUCCGUUGAUGUUGAAAGAAGGCCCCGACCAACUCAACCAGAAGCUUAUUUGCGCCGACGAGGAGGCCUUCCUGAAAACGGACUGUGAGGAACUGAAGUGGUGCGACGAAGACUUGGUACAGGUACUACUUGGACCCAUAGUCAAUCGGAUAAAGAAACGUGGUCGUGAAGAUGGAAUGGAACCAAAACGAAAACGCGCCAGGUCGUUUUGA